AACAUGCUGGAGCUGCGGGUGGAAACUCUUCCAAUAGGGAGAUUCCGAGAUUGAACGUGUACAAGACCUAAAGGUUGUUUUGCGUGAUUGCUAAAUCCAGAGGUUUGUUGUAAGAAGCCUAUCCAAUCUUCUCAUUCUCACGCCGGACCUAUAGCCACCAUUCAAAAUUGGGCAGGACUAUUUUUUCCGAAUUCUUCAGAAAUGGUUGUUCCAUGUUAUGUGCUUUAAUUGGCAUCUUAGUGGUAACUCGAUGGUAGUCAUAUCAUGGAGUUGAGUCCGUUGUCGUUCUCAUGGUACCAACAUGCAGAUCCGGCUGUUGUUGAAGUCCAAAAUUGUAGAACAAAAGGCCCGUAGGCCUUAAAUCGGAGUCAGUGUUGGCUGAUUCGAUUCUGGAUAAAGCUAAAGCUUAUUAGCACCUUGGAAUUUGACCUUGAUUGUCAAUGAUUAUUUGAUCACGGCACUACUCACCAAAGUUGUAGCUAGUUCAGCUUUCAGGUCUAUGCACAAUGCAAUACAAGUCUUUCUAACGUUUGGUGACUACAGAAGAGUACCCAUCUCACAGAAACCAUGACAGAUUUGUUGGAAGAUGUUGCUAUAGUAACCGGAUCCAACUUCGAGGGCUCUUGUAUCUGCACCUUCCAGUCUCCAUUCUUCUUUCCUGAUACCUCUCACGUUGUCCCUUUUCCUACUAUUCGGUUUGCACGUGAACACAUUGACGUUACCAAGGAUGAACUUCGUUGCCUCACUUUCCUAUCGCUCUGUUCUGUUCUGUUCCCUACUGUUGUUCAUGUCCCUCCGACUGUUAUAUGUAAUCCAUUACAGACUGGCGCAUUAGCUUUUAACCAAUUGCAACCGACUGCUGCUCGCAUACAAUUUGUUUCAACGCGAGGACCAAGGCUCCUGGAUGCUUCUGGUGGGGCCUUGGGAUGCUUCGUAGAUUCUGUCUUUGAAACUGAGAUCGAUGACGGUCCUGGAUUUUGUGUUUCGAGUUGCAGAGAGGAAAAGCAUGAGAUUACACCGUCUAAAGUUUACGAAUAUACAUGUUUGAAAUGUCUUUGGAGGUCCAAAAUUGGAGUUAGCUUCAACUACGUCGCAUCACGUGACACAAAGAAACGCUAUAGGGAUCUCCGAGCUCAUCACAUCAGAGACAGAGCGGGGCACCACACUCUCACCACGGGUGCUGAUUGGUUUAGUAAACUUGUAGGAGGAAGCCUUAUUAGGUGAGAGAAGAUAAUGAUGACGUGCCGAAGCUGCGAAAGUGGAAUUCCAGAAGUGAUGCCCAGCUUUUCGCUUUUCAGAAAGAGAUAUUUCGAGUUGAGAUGAAGUCCUUCCUUGACAUGCGCUGUUUCAACCGCACCUCCGUAGACAUGCAAAGGGUGAUGAAGAGCCAACUCUUUAUCAACGGCAUGUGGAGACGGAGAACCCAAUGAGCUUGGAACGUUUCACGGGAUUUCGAAUGAGAGUUAUGUCCUCGGCGUGCUUCCGAUCAAGCCGAACUGUUCAGAAAAAAACGCUUCGCCACUUGCAUAAUCUCGUAAAAUGUGGCAUCGAGUUGGAAGUGUAGUACGCUCGGAUUAGAGGUCGAGAGCCAGUCCAUUCAAAUGUUGACCAGCCUCGUGAUGAGAACUCGGCGUAUGAGCAUCGAGAAACUCGAAAAGUCAAACGAGGAGAGGACAUCCCAAACAUCAAGCGAGGACCUUCAGAGCGAAUAGCCUGGGGAACAAUGUAAACCUCCCCACAACACUAACUCAGAUGCCAUCGGGGGCAUCGGCAUUGCUGCAGAUCCGAGUGCAACUCCGCAACUGGUUGGCAGGAGUAUCAGCACCAGUGGUUCCUACAAUUGCUCCUGUAGAUGCUCCCACCUCAGUCUUUCUAGCUCUUCAAAGUCCUAUCCGUUUGAAGCUGCGGCAUGCAUGCGGCUCUAUUCAGCUUUAAGGACCAGGACCGGGCCCCGAAGUACUCGUGAUUGCCUAGAGUCGAGGGCAGAUGGAGGAUUUACAGCAGCCACCUGCAGAUGCAAAUAUAUUGCGGAGGUGCGGUGACGAAUCAUGGCAGUUUUUGAGCGACUGUUGGCGUCAACGAACGUCCAUCACCUACUGCAGUACGAGGGAAAAGAACGAGGGAGAAUCGACGCCAAACCACAUCACAAUCACAGCAGGCGAUGGAAGUUCACUAGUUGAAGGAGAUGGAAUUGCUUGGUCCAACGACGGUUUGGUCUCGGUGGAUCAGGUCAAUACCCGUCGGGCCUUCGUUGAAGAAGCACAUGACUUGCAGAAUGGAGAGAGCGAAGAAGAAUGUACAAUGUUUAUAAGAGGCAGCAGUGACGUCUCGUACCGUUAGCCGCAGUCCGAAACAGCUUAGGCUGACAAGGCUGAGCACGUCAGCUAUCUCUCUCUGUGAAAUAGAAUGUAGUACCAAAUUUUCCAUCUUCGCUCGCUGAUAACACAGACUUCCAUGGUUGAAACUGAAAAUUGCUCCUAUCCUGUAUCAUGAAAUCGUCUGAAGCUGUAUAGCUCAGUGCAUGCUGUGACAGAUUCGACAUCUUGCUGCAAUGCUUUUGCAUGGCCUGAAGUUGUGACUUCAUGUGGAGCAAAGAAUGAUGUUCAGUAAGUGCUGAGGUGCACCUUAGCUGGACACAGGUUGACAAAUACUUAUUAGGAUGUGUCUGCCGUUGCACGAGGACGGGGUAUGUUCUACAUGUUCUCAUGCACUCACUGUGGAUGAGUGCUUGUUACUCCGGAUAUAAGCAAGUGUCACACCGUUCAAAGUGAGUGUUACACCUGAUCUACGUAGGUAACUUGUGUCAGACAAUCAACUUCUUCACACUUAAUACGUCCAUGAUAGCAACUCAGCCCACCGUCUGGGUACGCUGAUAAACUUAUCAUAUCUGACAGUCUCCUUGUACAGAAUAGUCUCGGUGAUGAAGAAAAAAGCUGUAGAUGCUAGAUUCCAGCCGAGCCGAGGCGGAUAUACAAAGAGAGAAAUUGCGAGAGUAUCAGAGGUUUGGUAGAAUCGCAAGAAGUUAAAAGACAGCUUUCAAAGUCAUGAGAUAUUUCCCCGACUGUACGUAUCUUCUGACGACGAUGUAUUGCACAUCAAAAUCUCAUGUAAAAAUGUUCCAACUCAAUAAUUAUAAAGAAAAGGGCUCAU